CCCAAUCGCGGCGCGCUUUGUUACGGGGGUGCGGCAGGCGCCGAGGCCCCGUUUCAAGAUGGCGGACGACAGUGAGACAGCAGUGAGGCGGCCACCGGCGAGGCCUCCGCGGCCGUCGGCGGAGGAGAACGACCACGAGCACUGCAGCGACUGCGAGAACGAGGCGGAGCACGGCUCCAACCGGGGCGGCUUGAGUCCAGCAAAUGACAGCGGAGCCAAAAAGAAGAAAAAGAAACCCAAACGGAAGAAAGAGAAAGGAGGAGAUCAGCCCGACCCGGCUCAGGAUCAGCCGGUGAAGGUGAACUCUUUACCCGCUGAGAGGAUCCAGGAGAUUCAAAAAGCCAUCGAGCUCUUCUCUGUAGGUCAGGGCCCUGCCAAAACCAUGGAGGAAGCCAGCAAGAGGAGCUACCAGUUCUGGGACACGCAGCCGGUGCCCAAGCUAGGAGAAGUGGUGAACACCCACGGUCCUGUUGAGCCAGACAAAGACAAUAUCCGUCAGGAGCCAUACACCUUGCCCCAAGGCUUCACCUGGGAUGCCCUGGACCUUGGGGAUAGAGGCGUGCUGAAAGAGCUGUACACGCUUCUGAACGAGAACUACGUGGAGGACGACGACAACAUGUUCCGGUUCGAUUACUCUCCAGAGUUCCUGCUGUGGGCACUGCGUCCUCCGGGCUGGUUGCCCCAGUGGCACUGUGGAGUCAGAGUUGUCUCCAGCAAGAAGCUGGUUGGAUUUAUCAGCGCGAUUCCAGCCACUAUCCACAUCUAUGACACAGAGAAGAAGAUGGUAGAGAUAAACUUCCUGUGCGUCCACAAAAAGUUGCGCUCGAAACGGGUGGCUCCAGUUCUGAUCCGUGAGAUCACACGGCGGGUUCAUCUGGAGGGGAUCUUUCAGGCUGUUUACACUGCAGGAGUGGUGCUGCCAAAGCCUGUGGGGACUUGCAGGUACUGGCACCGGUCCCUGAAUCCUCGGAAACUCAUUGAGGUCAAAUUUUCCCACCUGAGCAGGAACAUGACUAUGCAACGUACCAUGAAGCUUUACCGGUUGCCCGAGACUCCCAAGACUCCCGGCUUGCGGCCAAUGGAGCACAGAGAUAUCUCCGCGGUGCACAAGCUCUUGACCGAGUACCUGAAGCAGUUCCACCUGACGCCCGUCAUGAGCCGAGACGAGGUGGAGCACUGGUUCUUACCUCAGGAGAACAUCAUCGACACAUUUGUGGUAGAGAGCGCCCCAGGGGAGGUGACAGACUUCCUGAGCUUCUACACGCUGCCCUCCACCAUCAUGAACCACCCGACUCACAAGAGCCUGAAAGCUGCUUACUCCUUCUACAACGUUCACACCAAGACGCCUCUCAUCGACCUCAUGAGUGAUGCUCUCAUACUCGCCAAGUCGAAAGGAUUCGACGUCUUCAAUGCACUGGAUCUCAUGGAAAACAAAACCUUCCUGGAGAAGCUGAAGUUUGGGAUCGGGGACGGGAACCUGCAGUAUUACCUGUACAAUUGGAAGUGUCCCAGCAUGGCACCAGAGAAGGUCGGACUAGUGUUGCAGUAAGCGAGCCCUUGCCAGGAGAGCGCGGAGGAGCCGAGCCCGGCGGAGGUGCUGCCCUCGCCCUUUCUGCCGAAGCCGGACCCGCGCCGGGAGAGGUGGAACCAAACCAGCCGCGCAGCUGCCCACCGCCUGGAUUCACUGACCGCGUCCCGCAGCGCCGGCCACCGCUCCCCCGCUGGCGUCAGCGGUCUCCUUUGUUUUGAUUUAAUUGCAUCCUCGUAAAGACGUGAUCAAGGGAAUGUAACUGCUGAAACUAGCUCAUGAUUGGCAUAUAAUGGAGUUAACGGGUGAAUAAUAAAAGUAUAUAUUAUAUAUAUUUUAAAUCUUUCCUGUUCCAAACUGACAUGAGUUGCAUUCAUCUGCUGAAGGCCACCUCCAGGUCGCUGGACCGUGACUUUUCUCGACGGCGCCAACGGAGGUAGAUGUUUGCUGUGCCAAAUGGCUCAGCGCCGGCGUGGUGAAGCACCAGGAUGCGGUGGCCAGGCUGCCGAGCCCUCCUGCCUGCCUGGAGGGUGUUUUGGGCUCUGUCCCCUGCUCAGCUGUUUUCCCCCGGUUUGCUCCCUCCUCCGUUAAACUCGGUCCUUCCCGCGGGUGCCUGGAGCGGGAGGAUGGCACUGUCCCUCCCCGUGGGCUCGGGAGCACAUCGAAAUUUCUUUCUAAGGGCUAUUUGUGCAAGCGAUGCCUUGUCCCUUCUCCUCCCCAGCCUCGGAGACUCGAACCCUCUCUGCUGAACGGGGCAAGUGCUGAACCGAGGAGCAGCAACGCCCGAAGAUACGGGGGGACUCGGCUCCUCGCUGCCUCCGGAGCUCGUCCGGCACACCCCGCUCUGCUUGGACUCCUCAGGGUCGUUCCUCUCCGCCACCCCUCGUGACGCCGGGGCUGCGGGCAUCAGGGGGAUGAUCCAUCGCCGCUGCCGCACCUCGGGGCUCUCUGCUCAGCUGCUUUGCUCUGGAAGCGUGGAAAUACGGAUACACGUGCAAGCGACUGCCCUGCGACACGCCGUCGGCAUCGCCCCGGGCCUUCAGCCUCUCCAGCCAGCCCAGUUGCCUCUUCCACCAGGCUCGUCAUCUUGUGCUAUGGGAACCUCCGAGGUAAAGGAAAUGUUUUCUUUCAUGGAAAACGUUUAUCCCAUCAAGAUAUCUCGGGAAACGAGCGCCCGGGCAGCCUGACGCUUCCUGCCGUGACAUGAACCGUGUCCGUGAAUUGCUCUGAGAUGCUCCUGCCCUCCCAGCCAAAGGUUUCCAAAGCUGCACACCAAGGCCAAGACCCCAUCUAUGCACUCCCACGCCUCCCGGUCCCUCUGUGCCCCCGUCGUGCCCCGUGGCACACCACGGACCCCGAGGGCCUUUGCCCACCCUGGCCUGGACCUGCAGGGCCUGGGUGGGGGACCAGGAGCCCAUCAUGUCCCCCCCGGCAGCACCAUCACAUCCCCCGUGCUCGGGGUCCCGUGUCACCUAUGCAAGUACCUCUGUGUCCCCUCCUGUGUCCCCAGUGUCCUGGGCUGGGGGAG